AUGACACACAGAUCGGUCUCUGACCCCGUAAGGGAGACGGCUACUCCCCGGCUGGCCGUUGAAACCGAAAAGUACUCUCCCUACGACCACGAUGAAGAGUCUGGCUCCCACUCGGAUUUCUCCUACUCCACUCCCGCCUCCGAAUCCUCCAGACCCUUUCUCGCGCAAGCCAAAUACAGGCGGAAACCGAGAGUGCAGCUCUACAGAGUCCCCAAUUCCAUCAUGAGAUGGGUCUGUCUGGGCGUGUUUGCGGGGUUGCUACUGUUCGUCUUCACCUUGUUCAGGGUCACUCUCUCCCAGGCCAUAUUUAAGAUUCCAGCCACCCCGCCGCCAAACAUAUUCAAGCCAACGCCGCCGGAGUGGGAGAAUUUCUCGUUCCUGGAACGCUAUUAUGGCGGACUCAGAACUCUGAUGCCUCGGAACGAGACUGUUCCUGAAUACCCGGGAGAGAGUCGCGGGGAGCCUACGUCCACCGCGGACGAGCCCGUUGACCCGGAGAGAGUUGUUCAGAGUUCACCGUUCAACCCUUAUCCGGAGUAUACGUCCAAAGCGUAUGUCGACAAGUAUGGGAAGAAAGUGGACUGCUUUGUGGAUGCCAAUAGGAAAGUCUCCAUCCCUCAGCUUCGUCGACAUGAUGGAGUUCCCAGGGGGUUUCCGGAUAGCGUCAUGGGGUCUAAUGAGAUGAUUGGACUCGAUACGAGUGUAUGCUAUGAUAGAUUUGGUAGACUCGGCCCCUACGGAUUGGGGUACGGGGUUAGAACUGGUGGUAGCGGAGCGGGGCUGGAGGGUGACCGAUCUGGGGUAGACCAGAUGUGGGAACACGCCUCCCCUGUUGACUAUCGAAAAGUCAACUGGGCCAAGGCGCAGGAUCAGUGUCGAUUUGAUAACCGCCAUCGAUUCCCGGCUCCCCGACCUCCCAAGUCAGACAGAUUCCAGGGUUUGCCGGUUGGGGCUCAAGCUCCUCGAGCUGCAGAGAAUGAUGCACCGCAGAACACUACACCUGCUCCUACCGAGAAACUCCCUCGGACUGCCGUUAUAAUUCGAACCUGGUCGAGCUUCCGUUACGAUACAGAGGCUAUCUUAUACUUGCGCUCACUCAUCUCCGAACUCUCGCUGUUCUCAGGAGGAGAGUAUGAUGUGCGAUUCUUAAUUCACGUCAAGGACGACAACUUGCAAAUUUGGUCAGAUGAAGAAACCUAUAACCGUGUCCUGCGAGAGUCACUUCCCGAGGAGUUCCAUGGCAUGGGCACCUUGUGGUCUGAACGACAGAUGGGGCUCAUAUACGGUGGUCUUGAAGAGACGUUUGCCAGAGAUCUUCCUGUCCACGGUGUAUACCGUAGUACUUUCAUGCCUAUUCAAUAUUUUGCGCAUCAACAUCCCGAAUAUGACUAUCUCUGGAACUGGGAGAUGGACGCUCGCUACACCGGACACUGGUAUGACCUGUUUAACAAGAUGGGAUUAUGGGCGAAGAAACAGCCUAGAAAGGGCCUGUGGGAACGGAACAGUCGUUUCUACGUUCCUUCUGUUCAUGGAUCUUGGGAAGAUUUUAGGCAUACCGUUCGAGUGCAGACUGAGCACGGAACGGCUAGUCCGAAUAACAUGUUUAGCCCUCCAUCCAAGGACAGGCCAAACGGUCACCGUCCAGCAACGAUGCAGGGUGAUAGACCUAUUUGGGGGCCCGAGCGACCGCCCGCGCAAGACGAUAUACUAGAGUUAGAAGGCGACGGUAUCCCACCGACUACAUACGAAAAGGAUAAAUUUCAAUGGGGCGUUGGUGAAGAGGCUGAUCUUAUUGUUUUGAACCCUCUAUACGAUCCCGAAGGCACUACAUGGUUACUAAAGGAUGAUAUAACGGGCUAUAACAAGACGGAAGAAGCACCACCCCGACGAGCAGCUAUCAUCGCUGCAUCACGUCUAUCUCGCAAACUCCUAAUGACAAUGCACAAAGAAACAAGCCUAAAACGGCACCACAUGUUUUCUGAAAUGUGGCCUCCUACCGUCGCCCUUCACCACGGCUACAAGGCCGUUUACGUUCCUCAUUCAGUUUACAUUGAUCGCCGAUGGCCAACCACCUAUCUCGAAUCGGUGUUCAAUGCGGGCCGAAACGGCGCAACGGGCGGCGCUAGAACGUCAGUUUUUGGUAGUCGCGAACACAACUUCCGAGGUACGACGUGGUUUUACUCCGCGGGUCAUCCAGAGAAUCUCUGGCGACGGUGGUUGGGCUAUCGAUCUAAUAAUGAUGGAGGGGAAGAAUAUGAGCUUGCUAAUGAAGGGAGGAUGUGUUUGCCGCCUAUGCUCUUACAUCCUAUCAAGGAUAUUAAUAUGGUGAUUGAUAGCGCGGGGAGAUCAUGA